UUACUGCCCGUACUAGGAGACACCCAAACGAGUGGUGACAUUAUUUACAAGAGAGUCGGUGUCUCUCCGCCCACCAGUCACGUUUCCUAUCAACCGUCAAUCACCCAGGAUCCUUCUGUUACAUCGAGUUGCCAUUUUGUUAGGCUCAACACAUGUUUACUUUAUGCUUAAGGAAAGAGGUUCAAGCUACACAUUUGCAAGAUACACUGUGGGAUUUAUUUUUGCAUGCAAGAAAAUGUUUCAGGCGUCUUUCUCUGAAGAAUAUCGAAAUGCUACAUGUGCAGUUAAGUGUUUUGACCAAUCAGUUGUAGAGCCUCCGGUAGAGGGGUAUAAAUUUGAGGCGGUUGCCAUAGAAACGUGCCACGGAAGAGUUGAACGCAAGAGCCCGUGAUAUCUCGUAAGGAAAACGUGUGAUGAACACCAAAUUGCUGCAAAGCAUUCAACCGACUUUUUCCCUCUUCAUGGCCUUCAGACAAAACAAUGUCUGGUGUAAAAGUCUGUCCCACUGUGAACGGAAACCCCCCUUCCCCGGAGGUCAUCAACCCUAAGAACCCUGGCCGUGAAACCAACCAGCUGCACUACCUGGAGAAGGUGGUGAUCAAAGCCUUAUGGAAGCAUAACUUCUCAUGGCCCUUUCGCCAGCCGGUUGAUGCAGUGGCGCUGGGUCUGCCGGAUUAUUAUUCAAUCAUCACAAAGCCUAUGGAUCUGACCACUGUAGAAAAGCGUCUCCACAACAAAUACUACUGGCGAGCACUUGACUGUGUGAAAGACUUCAACACCAUGUUCAACAACUGCUAUAUGUACAACCGGCCCGGAGAUGACAUUGUUUUUAUGGCACAGACCUUAGAGAAGCUUUUUCUGCAGAAGCUGUCCGACAUGCCUAAGGAAGAGAUUGAACUCACAGCCAACAAUACAAAGGAACCAGUGAAGGGGAGGAAGACAAAUAUAGCUCAUGCAGGUUCAGUGAAGCACAGAUCCCUUCUGUCAGAAGUCGUUCUCCAGCAGACUGUUACCGUCAUUCCAACUGAUGUGCCCAAAUGUAUCGCCCCCAACCAGCUCUCUGUACAAAUAGACCCCACAGUCAAAAAAGGUUUCAAGAGGAAAGCAGACCCCACAGCAACCACCACCUCCGUCAUCUACAGCAAGGAGGAAUCCCUCUCUGAGAAACAUUCAGCACCCUGUGCGUUAUUGUCCCGGAGAGGCAGCGGAAGGCCCAUCAAACCUCCAAAGAACAGAGACUUGCCUGCCUGUGAGAGCAAGGUGCACCUGUCUGAGCAGCUGAGGUUCUGUGAUGACAUGCUGAAGGAGAUGCUGUCGAAGAGACACUACGCCUAUGCAUGGCCCUUCUACACACCUGUUGAUGCUGUUUCUCUGGGCCUGCACGACUACCACGACAUCAUCAAGCAGCCUAUGGACCUGAGCACCAUCAGGAGAAAAAUGGGUCAGAGGAAGUAUGCAAACGCAAUGGAAUUUGCCGCUGAUGUCCGCCUGAUGUUCUCCAACUGUUACAAAUACAAUCCACCUUCACACGAGGUGGUCUACAUGGCAAGAAAACUGCAGGGUGUUUUUGAGGCCCGAUAUCUGAAGGUCCCCCAAGGAGUGGAUGUUUGUCCCCUACCUCGUCAGCAGCUCGACAAGGGAAAGGCAGAGCGAGUUGGAAGUGUGUCAACAUCAUUCAGCUCUGAAAGCGACAGCUCCUCAGAGACAGAGAUCUCUCCAGGAGGGGUGUCUGUUCAGCUAGCCAAUCUAGAGGAACAGUUAGAGGCUGUCCGUGAUGAGCUGAAGCGACUUGCCCAAGAGCCUGUGUUGAAACAUAAGAAGAAAGCAAAGUUGAAAAAAGAAAAGAAAGCCAAAAAAAAGGACAUCGCUAGAUUAAAGCACAUAUCCUCCAAAUACAAGUCUAUGGUAGAAAAACUGGCCAACCGCAAAAGCUCUACUUUGCAUGGCAACAGACACAACAUACAUGGAGUACCUUUAACCUGUGAGGAUGAGGUCCCAUCAAUUCCAGUGACUUACCAGGAGAAGAAGCAGCUGAAAUCGGACGUCGACAAGCUGCCUGGUGACAAACUGGGCAAGUUGGUGAAGAUCAUUCAUGCCAGGGAGAACUGCCUGCGUGAUUCUUCUCUGGAGGAGAUUGAAGUGGACUUUGACAUGCUCAAGCCUUCCACGCUGAGGGCCUUGCAGAGGUUUGUUGCAGAUUGUCUGAGGAAGUGCCGCAAGAAAGCUGGUAAAACAAAGCCGGUCACAGGAGGAAUGCAAACUGGGAAACUUAAGAAUGCCAGUACCGCUCAGGUUCCCAGUAAAGAACAGCACAUAAUUAAGAGUAAACAGCCACCGCCUAAAGUCCUGGCAGCUCCUGGCCCCAGCUGGCUCCCACGCCUCAGUGCGAGCAGCAGCAGCAGCAACAGCAGCAGCAGCAGUGAUUCUAGCUCUAGCAGCGAUGGCAGUGACCUCGAAACAGUGCCAAAAACAAAGAAGCAGAAAAGUAAAGACUCAUGCCAAAAGGUUAAGGAAACUCAUAUGGCCUGUGGCAAGCAGAUGUCUCUGAUAAAAGACUUGACCAAAGCCUCCGUGAAGACCUGUCAUCCUCCUCCUGCUGUGCAGUCCUUCAACGCAGAAACCAAAGGCCACCCAACAUCCAAUAAUAAAGAGCGGACCUGUUUCAAGAUGACUUUAUCCCCUCCAGAUUUGUCUGCCCUCCUGUCACCCAUGGUGUCUCCAGGAGUGUUGCUGGACUGGACUGCAGCCAGAUUUGAGCCCGGCCAAGUGCUGUCCCCUCUGACAGUCAGCCCACUGCAUCCCAGAGAGGACACCAGGUCCAAUUUCAGAUAUGCUGAGGAUUUCCAUGCUCAGCUGAUGAAUGUGCCUUACACCAACUUAGCAAGUCACUCUGUUGAAGAGGGAAAAAAAGACAUUCCCAAAAAGGACAUUGUUCUGAAAAACGCUGACUCAUGGGCCAAACUGAUGAGGCAGUCAGUAACUACAACUGUUAUCAAGUCGUCCAAGGAGAGCUUUGAACAGUUCCGUAAGGCUGCCCAAAAAAAGGAAGAACUUGAAAAAGCCCUGAAGAAGAAACAGACGGAAGACAACAAGGAGAGGGAGGCUCCUGGGAAGAGCAGCUUACCAGGCCCGUGUGAAGCAGACACUAAUCCACAGCAUAUUAAGGAGGAUGCUGAUUCUCCAGAGAGCAUUUGUAGAGGAGCUCUAGACACUGCUAAAGAUGUUGAGCCGCAUAAGUCUCCCGUAGAAACACAACCUCUAACCACACAGUCUGCGGUGGAUAUGAGGAGAGAGAUGGCCCGCAGGAAGGAGCAGGAACGACGCAGGCGAGAGGCUAUGUCCGGUAUAGACCUGUCUAUGCAGCGGGACAUCAUGACUUCAUUUGAGCUCGCCCUGGACUAAAGAAACUGGGAACUACUUGAAAAAUAAAUCCCUCUGUGCCAAACUACUGAGCAUCGUCUCAGUGAAUAGCUCGAGCUGCUGGUUCUCUCAGGCACAAAACACAACCUCACUUUACCAUUUGAAUGUUCUCAAGGAUAGAAAAAAAAAGAUUAAUGUGAAAAGAAUAAAUAAAAAUGCGUCCUGAAAUGUUUGCACUGUUGGGUUUGAGAGGAUUGGGGUGAUGCACUGUCAAACCUGAAGCUGAUCUUUUGUGCAAGUUUAUCUGUUCUUUUCUCUUUUGUGUGAAAGUUGUGUAUGACAUGCUAUUACAUGCAUACACUGUAGUUCAAAUGCCACCUUGUCUUGUUUGCUGAAAUUUGCAUUGUUCAGUUAUUUUUGUUAAAUGAUUCCAUCUGAUCAACCCUUACCACCAUCUCUCACUUCACCCUGACUCAAAUAUACCAAGCGCAGACCAAACACUGUUAUAUGUUGAUGUUCCAUGUACACAUGACUUCAUUUUUCUUGCACAAAAGUACAUUUUGACCCAAGGUUGGUAGGUCCUUGUGAAUGUUUCCAAUGUGGAAUUGAAGUCUCAGUUCCUUUGCUACUUGAAAAUGCCAUACAUUGUGUUAACUGAACACGCACUGCACUUUGUUCUCACAGUUUCAAAGUUGCUUUUUGAGAUUAUCUACAUGUUAUGUAUGUUACAGUUUGUAUAAGUUAAAUAAAUACAAAUUGAUUUCCUGUUUUUUGUUGGAUCAAAGUAAUAAAGUUAUUUUCACUAAGCAAUCUGCAUCACU